AUGGAAAAUCCAAAUGAAAGUAUAGAAAAAUUGUUCAAUGCUCCUCUACAAAUCAAUAGUCAACAUUUAAUCGAUUCAGCUGAUUAUCAUACAAACCUUCAUCUUAAUUAUCAACAUCAACUUCUUCUACAGCAACAUCAAGAUCAUCAACAAAAUCAGUUUUUACAUCAUCAUUCUCAUCAUUAUUUAUCACAACACCAUUCUCUACUAAACAAUCUUCCAACAUAUGGAUCUUAUGAUGCCUCAUCUCCAUCACCACUUAUGGAGGAGAAAUCAGAUGUCAAAUAUGAACCGAAUACGAUCGUAUACGAUAUGUUUGAACUGGACACCGAUGUUGAGAAAAGGAAACUUGCUAACUCGGAUUUGUACUUUUUAGCUAAUGAUACAAAUAUUAAUAACAAUUCACCAUUAGACGAACACAGUGCAGAAGAAUCGGACGAUAAAAAGAAACGUCAACGUCGUCAACGUACACAUUUUUCUAGUCAACAAUUACAACAAUUAGAAGCAACAUUUUCAUGUAAUAGAUAUCCUGAUUUAGCUACAAGAGAAGAUAUUGCUGCGUUAACAAAUUUAACCGAAGCUAAAGUUCGCGUUUGGUUCAAAAAUCGUCGUGCUAAAUGGCGUAAACGUGAACGAAACAUGGAUCAUUUAAGAAGUUUUUCUCAUAUAAAUGGUCUUGUACAACCAUUUGAUGUUUAUCAGUCAGCUUAUUCUGUUAAUUAUCCCUCACAUUGGGAUACACAAUCAACAAACAAUAAAUCGCCCAGUCCAACUACUACAAAAUCGACUUCGUCCUCAUCGUCUACUCAUACAACACCCUCAUUUACUCAUUGGCCACUACCUCCUGUAAACUCUUUAACACAACCUUUAAUGACUCAUCACACACCCUCAUCUUCCUCUCUAUCACCACCCUAUUCUUAUACAUCAUCUAUACCUCCUCUAUAUUCAACAUCAAGCUAUUAUCCGUCAACGGUAUCUGUUCAAAAUAAUUCCUAUACAAAUUAUAUUCAAAACGAUUUACAUCCAUUAACACAAGUUUUAAAAAAUAAAGCAAAACAAAAUGGUUCAAGUUUUCAAAUAUAUGGAACACAAACAAACAUUACGAAUAAUAUUUAUCCAUCGCCACAUUAUUCAAAUAAUCCGUUAUUCGAAACUUAA